AUGGAGACAUGUUAUCUGUUAGACUCCAAUAGCCAAGUCCCUCAGCCUAAUGUGGAGCAAGUUGAUCUCAUUGGUUAUUCUAGACCACAAGGCCAAGGGCAAGGUUAUGGGAACUAUCAGCAGCAAGGGAGAAAUCAGUUUGUUCCCUCUUGGAACAAUCAGGGCAAUCAAGUGAGGAGUCAUCCACCAGGUUUUCAAGGUAAUCAAGGGAACAGAUGUGACAAUCAAGGAAUUCAGUGGAGAAAUAAUCAGAAUAAUCAAAAUCCAAAUCAAGGGCAGUUCCAACAAGGGAAUCAGAAUUUUGGGAACACUCAGGGUCAAGGUUUCUCUAGACCAUCUCAGGAUGUUAAUAUGCAGACUCUCAUGAACCACAUGAUGGCUCAGACGGCUCAGACGAGCAAGUUACAGGCAACCGUAGAGUCUCAACAAGCAUUGAUAGAGAGCCUCACGGCUCAACAGCAAGGAGGUUGUAAUCAGUUUUCUAAUCAAGCCUCAUCUUCGAAUGGUAGACUGCCAGCAAGCACAGAAAAUCCAAGGAAGCAGUGCCUGAGAAAACUGAUAAGAAGGAUGAGGGCAUUUAGGUUGAGAAAACUGAUAAGAAGGUUGCCUGUGGUGCAGAGAGAUAGUGUUAAGGAAAAAGCCCCUGUGCAGGAUGAGAGUGUCUCUAGCAAGAAGCCUGAGAGGAACAAGAAGGCAGGUGACUCGGUUGUACCUUGCAACCUGUUACCAUAUCCACAGAGGUUGUGGAGAUCAAAGGAGUCCGAUAGAGAGAGCAAGUUCCAUAGGAUGUUAGAUAAGCUGGAGAUCUCCAUGCCUUUUGUUGAAGCAGUGACUCAGAUUCCUUCGUACAAAAAGUUUCUAAAGAAUAUCUUAGGCAAUAAGAAAAAGCCAGAGAAGAGUGCAGUGGUGGAUCUGAGCGAGAGAGCAUUGACUUGUGCAGUUCUUCAACAUAAACUGCCUCCUAAACUGAAAGAUCCAGGUAGUUUUGCCAUUCCUUGCAUCAUUGGUGGUUUUGUAGUCGGUGGUGCCCUGUGUGAUUUGGGUGCUAGUGUUAGCCUUAUGCCAUAUUCUCUAUGCAAGAGGCUUAACCUUGGCACACCAAAGCCUACUUCCAUGACUCUACAGAUGGCGGAUCGUUCCAUUAAGCGGCCAGUGUGGAUUCUUGAGGAUGUCCCGGUUAUGAUUGAUCAGUAUUUUAUACCGGGGGAUUUCGUUGUGCUAGAUAUAGAGGAGGAUGCCAAGGUUCCUAUUAUACAUGGUAGGCCUUUUCUAGCUACUGCUGGUGCACUUAUUGAUGUCAGGAGAGGGAAACUAGUGAUGGAAGUGGCUUAG